AUGCAAGAUUAGUAGAUAAAAAUAGGUGUUGGAGCUUUAUCCUUCAUAGUAUUAUAUUGGAUUUACAAAUACAUAUAGUCUUUAGAUUUAAGUUUUACUUAAGGAGUUAUAGUUGGGUUCGUAUUAUGCAUAAUAAUUGAAAUUGGGUUAGUCUUUUGGUAUAUCAAAUGGAGAGUUUAGAAGAGCUAGAGUUAGUCAAAGAUUAGCCUUAAUAUAAUUUCAAUGGAUAUAGAUAAGCUAUUUGGAGAAGAACAGUUAGAAGAUAUUAAGGAAAAGAAUAAAAAAAAGGAGUUUUUUAUCAAUUAGUACUCGCAUGAAAAAAAGCUAAUGCAAAAGGUUUAUAAAAAAGAUGAAACAUAUACCAGCUUCCAACAGCAAAAUGGUAUAAGAAAAGCGAACACCAUCAUUACAGAGGAAAAUAGUUAAAGCCCUUAAUAGGGUGGAUAUGGUUAAAGUAGCUUAGCUAUUCAACGAUAAAACGUUUUAACUGAAACAAGCAUUCAAAAGAAAGAAACUGGAGAAAUGCAGAAUGAUGGAUCAGAAAAGAAAGAUAACAUUUAAGAGAAAAAAAAGCAUACUUUGGAAGAAAUUGAAACAUUAGCUUUUGAAAAAGUAAAAAAAAAAGAGUUUUUAAAUAAAGUAAAUACGUUUGGUAAGUUCUUAGAAGUUUUCAUUAGCUUAGAAAAAAAUUUUGCUAAGGAUUUAAGGACUAUUGGUAAGCCAAGAUUUUUAAAAACUUGCAUGUUUGAUGUAGUUGUUAGACGUGAUGAGAGGUACCAUCAUUCGUACAGACUUUGUGAUGUUGAUUCUAUAUAUAGAGAGGAAUUUAAUACAAUUUUAGCUAUGAGUGAGUCUAUUUCUCGCUAAUCAGAUUCUCAGUUAAUUAUACUGCCUAAUUGGAUUUACUUAAAAAAUAUCUUUUUAGAAAUGAGCAAAGUACAUGAUCAGCUAGUCUAAUAUAUACAAUUUGGCAUAUUUGAUUUAACUAAAGUGCUAAUUGAGGAGUAUGAAGAAUAGUAUAAAAAACUGAAACUUAUGAAAAAAGAAGCUUAAGCUCAUAUACAAAAGAAAUUAGAAGAGGCUAAAUAAUAAGAACUAGUUUAUAAUGAGAUCAGCAAGAAAAUCAAAAAUAUGGCUGAAACAUACGAAAACUAGCAAUCAAGCCAAAACAAAGAAUUAGCACGUAAAAGAGUAGAACUAAAAGGUGAAAUAGAAUUAUUACUAUAUGAUAAAAAUAAUAGCAAAAUUAAAGUAUAUGCAAGCUACGAAGCUUUGCACAAGGCAAGAUAAGAUGCAAAUAAAGUUAAUUCUAAAAUUAAUUCUCAUAAAAAAGAAUGGGAAAAGAGAUUUUAAACUCUUUUCAAAACCAGUAUGAAAAGUAUUAUUAGUGGGUUCUUUGAUAUUACAAAGGAUGUGUAAAAGAAUUUAAAAAGCCUUCUUAUCACAAAUUUAAAGUAAUCUACUACAGUACCUGUAAUAGAUUUUGAUGCCUAGAGCUUUGAAAAUGAUCAAUCCAUUUACUCUUCGGUCGAUGGGUCUUUUUCGCAUAAGAAAAAUAAGAUAGUAAAUUAAACUAAUGCAAAGGGAACAAACAACAUUUCUUAAUAAAAUGAAAGUGGAUUACUAAAUACAAAUAUAGGAUUAACUAAUAGAAGUGUCCUGAAUAAUUCUAAUAUAAAUCCUUUAUUGAUAUGUGUAGAUCACCGCUAGUAGCUAACAGAGUUUUUAAAAAAUUAAGAUAAAUAUGAUAAAGAGUAUGAUGAGAUUGAAAAGUAUCAAGAAGAAAUUACAUUUUUGGUAGAGGAUGUUUGCUCUUCUCUAUCUAAAUAUAUAUAGGAGUUUGAAAAUAAGAUCAGUAAAACAAAUACUUUUAAAUUUAUGGGAGAAGCCAUGAUAUACGAAUAAAUGGGCAGUUUUUUGCAAAUAGAUAUUAGUGAUAAUACGAAGAGAUAUUUUAAGAUAAUGCUUACUCAUUUUGAGAAGAAUUUAAAACCGUUUUAAGCUAACACACAACGAGUUUUAUAAGAUUUGGCUAUUGAAAAAAAGAAUUACAAGAAACAUAUAUCCACUGUAUAGGAUUUGUAAAUUAAUUUAGAUAAAACUUGCGCAAAUUGGCAAUAAAAUAGAGAUUCUAUAGUAAACUUUUAGUAAAAGUAUGACUUUUUGAAGCAUAAAUUUGAUGAGAUUUACGAGAAAACUUACAGUAGUAAGUAAGAAAUUGAAAAAAUCAUAAAGCAGCAUGAAAAAGGUGUUGAAGAUCUAAAAAAAUAGAUUAUCAAUGCUUUAGUUUAAUUUUCAGUGUAGUUUUCAGAAAGGUUUGAAUUGAUUGAAAAUAACUCUGAUAUAAUUUUGUCAUAAGAUGAUGACAACAUGGAGGCUAAUUUCUCAGAUAAAGAUUCUGUUUAAUCAAGAGCUUCAACUUCUACAUUGAGAAAUAAUAAUAAUUUAAUGAAGAGAUCUAGUAUUGCAUUUAUGGGAUAAAGUGAAUUUCUACAUUAGUAUUAAUAAGAGGAUGAAGUUAAUGAAGCUGGAUCAAAUCAUUUAAACCCAGCAAGUAUAUAAGAUUAGCAUAAUAAAUCAGCUGCUAAGAUAGUUACUAAGCUCUUGAAAGUUUUUUAUCAGUAAUGGAAAGAUGCAGACUUUUUCAAGGAGAAAAUUAAAACAGAACUUUAUAUUUCUCUCAAUAAAAAAUUAGAAGACUCCCUAGAAGAGAUGGUUGUUACAAAGCUUAUUAUUAAAGGAGAGGGACCAGAUAUAAAGUCAAUUACACCACAAAAAAGCGAAGAUUAUGAAUUUUUAGUUGAUUUAGAACUUUCCUAUAAAGGUACUGUGUACAUUGAAAUCGAUACAGCCUAUCAUUUAGAUUGGCCAAAACCUGAUUCUUACAAGCUACCUUUAACUGUUAAAAUUAAGUUAAACGAAUUUUACUCCAUCAUAAGACUUUGCUAUGUUCCCAGGGAGUACGGUAAAAGCUGGUUUUCUUUUAUUGGUGAGCCAGUAUUAUCAAUAGAUAUAGACCCUAUCAUUUCAAAAAAAUACCAUGUUUCUCGUCUCCCAAGAGUAAAAACAUUGAUCUAAGAAAUAAUUAGUUAAAAAAUUAAAAAAAUGACAUUCCCAAAUAGAGAUUCGAUAAAGAUUCCUUUAUCAAAACCAGACAAAAAGAUUACAGAUAUUAGAGAAAAAUUGUUGCAUAAAAAAUAAUCAAUAAUCGCUCGUGCUCCUACAAAUAAAUCAAAUAUUUACACAAAUCCAUAUAAAGAAACAAAUCAGUGA